CUUCUUCUUCUUUGUUUCUGGGUUUUUGUUCUGUAUUAUUCUUCCAUGGAAGAAGCUAAUGGACUCAUCGAUUUGCCUCCUGGUUUUCGGUUUCACCCUACAGAUGAAGAGAUCAUAACUUGUUAUCUUACUGAGAAGGUGAUGAACAGUGAUUUCAGUGCAUGCGCUAUUGGUGAAGUUGAUUUGAACAAGUGUGAACCUUGGGAUUUACCCAAGAAAGCUAAGAUGGGUGAGAAACAUUGGUACUUCUUUUGUCAAAGAGACAGGAAGUAUCCGACAGGGAUGAGAACAAACCGUGCAACCGAAUCUGGUUACUGGAAAGCAACCGGAAAAGACAAGGAGAUUUUCAAGGGCAAAGGUUGUCUUGUUGGGAUGAAGAAGACUCUUGUUUUUUAUAAAGGGAGAGCUCCAAAAGGAGAGAAAUCGAAUUGGGUCAUGCAUGAGUAUAGACUUGAAGGCAAAUUCUCUUAUUAUAAUCUACCACGGGGAGCAAAGGGAAAUGAUGAAUGGGUUGUUUGUAGGGUUUUUGAUAAGAACACAGGGAUGAAGAAAACUCCGAUUCAAGAUCAUCAGCAGCUGUUGAGAAUCAAUUCUUUUGGUUGCGAUAAUCUUAUCGAUUACGCUUCGUUGCCGCCUCUCAUGGAACCGGGCUGCUCCUCCGGUUUCAUCGACAGCGCGGAUAUCGAAUUCAAGUCUGCCGUAGCCUCAAACAUCCCAACAAUGAAUGAUCAGAAGACCCUUCUUCAAGUUCCUGGAAAUAGUCAUUAUGGAAGCUCUAACAGUAACAUUUUCAACCCUCAAAUCCCAAUCCAGAAUCCAGUCUUCUUCCAUCAUCACACCACAAAUCCGGCCUACUUGCACCAAGGCAGGUCCGGUACCGAAACCGACUUCGGCCGCAACGAUCAGGCAACGUUAUCGAAAUCGAACCGGCAGUGCAAGGUGGAGCAGUUCUCGUCGAACCAAUCAGGGCUCAGCACUGAAAUCAACAACAAUGAGAUUUCAUCGGUUGUUUCGAAGAACAACAUGGAGCUCGGAAUCAGCAAGUCAUUUGAAGAUUUGCGUUGUUUAUGGGACUACUAGCUAAAAGUAAAUAUCUGAAGGAUUCAUAUAUUGUCGGGCUUGUUAAAUUUUCUCGGAAAAUAUAUCGUCUUUU